AAUAGCCUCAAAAUCAUCGCCAGUUCGCUACUCAACGAGCCGAGUCCUCCUUCACUGUAUAACUGAAGAGGCCUCAAAGCUCCCCAGAAAUGAUCCCCGCAAAACCCUAACCAAACAAUAUAGGUGAUGAAUGUUCACAAGCACUAACCCCUAAUUCUCAAGGACUGUUCAUUCAGAAUGAUAGAUGGUUGUGAUCAUGCAGCAGCAGCAGAAUCCCUCUGCACUGGUGCCACAGCUCAACAACAAUCCUCAGUCCUCGUCUGCCACUGCCACGUCCUCCUCCUCCCUUAGGUCACCGACUUCUGCAGCACCUCCACCCCUGUCCCAGUUAUCUUCCCCACUCCCUCUUGUUGCUUCUCCCUCCGCCCCCCUCCGCCAGACUCAUCUGCCAUCACUGCCACCCGAUCAUGUAAUUGGACCAGUGGUGCCCAUAGCUGCCACCCACCCUUCUGGUGAGCCCGCUUUGACAGCGCCACCCGCCUGCCCGUUGCCUAAAGUCCGGCUCUCGGAUAUUGCCCAAUAUGACGGAGCUCCAUCUGGGUCCUAUGUCAGAGCAGUAGAAGCACUGUCUGGGUCUUUGAUGAGGCAUAAUGCAGUCUUGAUCGAAUUGGGCAGCGAGGAUGCUGCUCUGAUGAGGUGCGGGUUGGAAGGUUCGAGAUUGUUCUUUCGGAGCAGGGCUCAUCUGGCUGGUGGGAAGGGAAGCCGUGGGGUUCACAUGUACAGGGCAGGAAGGGCUUUGGAAGACUCGGAUUCAUCUCCCCCAUGUAUGGCUGAUAUUUUUAGGUGCAUGGGAAAGGCAGCUCGUUCUACUUUGUGUGCCCUUGCAAGGCAUCUUCAUCUUCGAAGCGAUGUUUUUAACCAUUUGCUUGAUGAUACCCCAUUGCCUGCUAAUGAGGUCUCCUCCUCAGUUCUUGUUGCAACCUACUCACAUGCUUCUUUGCCAAAUGGAAAAGGUGCUAUUGGAGGUGGUAAGCCAACCGUGAAUGGUGAAAUUGAGAAGGGUUUGUUGACAUUGAUAUCCUCAGACGCUCCUGGUCUUCAGGUUUGUGACCCCAAUGGCCGCUGGUAUCUGGCAGAUAGUGGGUCUGGUCCUGGGGAUCUUUUAUUGCUUACAGGCAAGGCACUUAGUCAAGCUACUGCAGGGCUUCGUCCUGCGGCAUCAUAUAAAGCUUCUCCUGAUUAUUUUUUAGGUUCUAACAGUGGAGGAAGGACAUCUCUUGCAUUUAGACUCAUGCCACAGGGCAAUGCUAUAUUAGAUUGUUCUCCCAUUGCAGCAGCUGGACAUAUCAUUCCCCAAAGCUAUGUUCCAAUAUCAGUAAGCCAAUUUAUGGAUGAUCUUUCUGCUGAAGAAGAAGCAAUAGGCAGCCGAUCUUAUCAGACUUAUGUUGCUGGAAACAAUGUAAAUAAGGAACAAUCAUUGAGAAGUGUUCUGUCAGAUCCUUUGUCUGGCGCAUUCCUUGAAGAUGCCAUGCUUAUCUCAUGUGGGCAUUCAUUUGGUGGUCUCAUGCUAAGGAGAGUCAUCGAAACUUCAAGAUGUCCUCUCUGCAAUGCAAAUAUUGAGGCCAGUUCUCUGAUCCCCAAUUUUGCUCUAAGAGCAGCAGCCACAGCAGUCAAGCAUGAGGAUGAUCGAAGGUUGUUUCAUAAUGCUGUUCUCCGAAAGCGCCGGAAAGAAAUGGGUGAUCAAAUGGAUUCACUGAGAAGAACAAACAGGGAAAAUGGAGAUGUUACUGGUGAUGAUGGACCCCACCGAGGAGUACAGUAUCCUUUUUCAGUAAAUGAGAAGGUUAUAAUUAAGGGUAAUAGGAGGACACCAGAAAAAUUCGUUGGCAAAGAAGCUGUUAUUACAUCUCAGUGUCUGAAUGGCUGGUACUUGCUUAAGAUCAUUGGAAGUGGGGAGAAUCUGCGCUUGCAAUACCGAUCUCUUAGGAAGCUUUUGAACUCACCAGCGAUAGAGGACCAGUCGCAGCCAAUUCAAAAUAGCAGCUCUUAAAAUAUCUCCCCGACCUCCUGUGUUCUGUCUUUUAUUAUUCAGCAAGGAAAGGAGACUUUGUAGUCGCGAUACCUGAUAGAAUAUAUAAUUAGUUGAUUUGUCCGAUUUCUGUUAGCAAGCAUGUAACUUAGUGUAUCAGAAGAGGUGAUUGGUGCAGAUGCCUAUGCUAGCAUUUUUGACAUCUUGGCUUGCUGUAAAGAGAAGGCAAAGCUGGCUUAGAUGGCAUGUAAAUUUUACGUAUCUAUAACUGAAUUGGAUAAGUAAUUCUAUUAUUUUUCCCCAUAA